AUAAAAAUGUUUGGAAUCACUCGUCUAAAACUGUCUGGCUAGCUUAGCUAACAAACAUACAGUGCAGAUAAUAUUCAAAUUAAUUGUUUUACAGGACAUCUUCUGACAGUACUAGCAAACCACAGUUGACCAAUUCCCUUCCUAAAAAGGCUAACUUUUUCUAGUUCUAUGGUACACUGUACCAGGUGGGAGGAGGCAACGCUGCUAAGCAACACACAACUCGAGACAGCUGUGAUUUCCAGCUUGUCGUUUUGGCAGUAUACUAACAGCAGUGUCAAAAGCAGUAAUGUCCACAAGCAAGGAACAAGCAGCUAUCAGUAAAGUUCUGAGUUUCCUUCAAGAGUGGGAUCAUGGCAACAAGACGGUGCGCAGCCGCAUGCUGACCGUGUUUGUGACUCAAAACACUGGAAAGACUUGUCCUGAGUUAGAACUGGAAUUCGCACAGGUUGCCAGUCUCUUUCUGGCUCGGCUCACCGCCUGGAUGAGGCUGACCUACAUGUUCGGAACAUGCUUAGGUCUUCAACUGAAAGCAGUUGGAGUGUUCCUCUCUGCAGCUAGCAAUCAUCGUUAUCUCAUAGAGUUCCUGGAGGUUGGAGGGGUCCUAACCCUCCUGGAGAUCUUAGGUCAGAAACAGACCAAGGAGGAGGACAAGGCAGAGGCCAUUCGGCUGCUUCAGAUAGUCUCCAACGCUGGACGCAAGUACAAAGAGCUAAUCUGCGAAAGCUAUGGUGUGAGAGCCAUUGCAGAGUGUCUGGCCAAGUCCAAGACAGAGGGGACCCAAGAGACAGCACGGGCCCUGUUGGAGUCCCUGGCCCAUGGAAACCCCAAAUACCAGAACCAGGUGUACAGAGGUCUGAUUGCCCUGCUGACCUGUAUCUCGCCCAAGGCCCAGCAACUGGUCUUGCAGACCCUCCGCAUAGUACAAGACAUAGUGAAGGAAGCCCACCCCAGCAUCGUGGGACCUCUGUUGAAUUUGUUGAGGUCCCUGCAUUUGGAGGUGCAAUAUGAGGCUAUCGAGCUGAUCACAGAUCUCAGGCAGUAUGAGGUCAGACCGGCGCUGCUCACAGGUCUCGUAGAUCUGCUCAAACCGGCAAUGGAGGGAGUGCAGACAUACAAGAUCCUGGAAGACCCAGAAAUGACCAAGAUGACUGAAUCCCUGCCAGUGUAUGUCCAACAAGCUGCGGCAGCCAAAGCUUUAAGGUUGCUUGCUCAGGGGAGUCAGGAGCUGUCCCAGGAACUGCUUCCUCUCAGAGUGGUGCACCACUUGAUCUAUGCUAUGGGAAACCAGGAGCAUGCUGACGCCCAGAGACAAGCCAGCCUGGCGCUGGAGCAUUUUGUCCGUACAUACCCAGUGGUGGAGGAGCAUGUACGCAGAACCAUGGGUAUCAAUCUGUUUGCAGCCUUCAUGCACAAACCUGAGACUUUCUACAUGACGAUGGAUGAAAUUCAAGCAGAUAUCCUGCUAUCAAAUAAAGUCAACAUUUCGGAAGUUCUGGAGCACCAGAGCUCAGAAGACUGAACCAGACAAAGUACAGGCAUGCCAUUUUGUAUAAUAAUAGUUUACACUUUAUUUUCAUGUUACAGUAAAAUAAAUCAAUAAAAAUAACAAAAAGUA